GUCGUUGCGAGCGGAUAUGUCGAGGCUCGUCCCACUUCCGCUUCGUCGGGACCGCGUACGCGAUUCGAAGAACCUCGAGGAUCUUGUCGCGAAUCGAUCGGUGAUCUCUCAACUGUCCCGUGUUCCAUUAUGAACCAAUAAUGAUUCUUGACCGUCGAUGAAACUUCAGAGGUGAUGGCAAGAUCGAAAACGAUUCGUCGAUUGGGACGAUUUUUGCGUGAUUGGACGACGAAAAAACACCAUGAUCCUCGAGGUUCUUUCGCCGUCGAGUGAGAUGCUCGUGAGUCACGAGAGACAAACGGUGUCGAGUGAAAAUCAGGUACUUAAGAGGCCGUUUUCGCGGUUAGAGAACAAGUGGUGAAGUUAGCCAUUCAGCUAGUUGAAUUUGCCAGCUAAUUAGCGGUGUAAUUUCGAUUUUCUUUUUUUUUUUUUCGACGAGAGUCGACGAGAAUCGCCCAGGGAGACCCAAGGACUGUUUGUCGACGUUGUUGCAGCUUCCGAUCUCUGACCGCAGGAGAAAAUCAAAUGCAGACAGUAGGUCCGAUCGCCGCGGGAUUAUCCUCUGCUGUCGUUCCAGGGAUCCGAUUUUAAUGAAAGCGUUCCUCGAUUUCACGAAGCACGCCCUAGGAACACGGUUCUCAAGCGGAUCGUACCGAGAAGAGCCAUCGACACCUUCGGAAAAAUAAUGCGAGCGAAGCGCAUCGAGGAGGAGACGCGCUUCAGAUUGCUGAGGUACACGCAUCGCGCCAAGUGCCGGAAGAUCAUUUAGUCGAUCCUCGGUUUCUCGUCCUUCUGAGAAACAGUGACAAACCUCCAAGCACAGUUGUUUGUCAAACCAGAAGAGAUCAAUCGAUCUCCGAUCGAUCGGUCAUCCGCUGUGGCUGUGAUUACGAUUACGAUUACGUGUUCGAGUCUCGCGUUACAAAAGAAAAAAGAAAAAGAAGAGAAAUAAAUAGAGAAAGAAAGAAGAAGAAAACGAAGUCAAUCGCGUGUGUAUAUGUGUGUGCACGCGUGUGUCAGUGCGGCUGUGUGUGUCCUAUGUGUACAGUGAUCAAGGGAGCGGGAAUCGAGGCUGGGAACGCGGAAGAAUACGCUCGUGAUUGUAAACUCCGCGGCUAUCGAUCGUUCCGCGGGGGAACGUCGCCCAAUAGGAGUCGUUCUUCAGGACUUGGCUUCGAGAAACACCUGACAGUGCCCGAUGCUGGAUUUUUGAUUUCGGCGAAACGCUGCGACUCGAAUCGGACCCGACGAAAACCGGGUUAGUUCAGUCGUUUAAUUUGGGAUUCUGAACGGACUGAAGCCUACGACACCGAAAUAUACUAUGAAAUAUACGACGCGAGUCACAGAUUUGCGAAAUUCGUAGAAAAAGAUUUCUAUUGAGAGAACACCAUUUUGGACGAAACUUUUUGCUGGAAUGAUGAUAUGAAUUAUUAAUUCUGGGCAAUUUCUGUGGGACUUUCUGCUAUAGAGAAGUAGGAUGAAGGAAGUGUUUUGACUUUGCGAGGAAAGCUGCGAUUCAGAGGGACUGAAUGAAAAUUUUAGUCUCACUGGGGAACAGCUAGGUUUAAUUUGGGAAUCUUGAAUGGACCGGAGUGGACACUGAGGACUGUGAAACGCGACGCGAGCUGUAAAUUUACGAAAUUCUUAAAGGGAGGCUGGAAAAGAUUUUUUUUGUUCUGGUCAAAGCGUUGUAAUUUAAAGAAAGUUGAGAGAAAUUUGGACUUCAUUGAAGUGGACAACUUUUGUCCUGGAUCGGAAAGGAAUCAGAUCCGUAAUUGAAAUUUGCAUGAGUCACAAGUUGGAGAAAUUCUCAGAAGCUUACUGAUUAUAAGAAGAACUGAAGAAGAUUUGAAAUUUGAAUUUCGAGACUGAAGUAAGUCACCACGGUGAAAUAGACGUCAUGAAUUAUACAUUUAAGUUAUGCUACUAUAAAAGGAAAAAUUGAGGAAGAAUUUUUGGAGCAGAGUCGAAUAAAAAAGAAAAAGAUAAACUAACGAAGAACUCUGAGUUCUGAAGUGAACCUUUUAGGAAUACAUGAAAUAAAGAUUCAAAAUGAAAUAAUAAAAUUGUUAUCGAAGAUUGUAAAACGUAGAAUUGAAUGAGAAUUUGAAUUAGGUAUAAAGAACGAACGACGAAAAUUCCCGCAAAGAGUUGCUGUUUUAAAAAAAUAAAACUUCCAAAUUUUAAACUGAUUGAAAUUUAGACUGACUCGGAUCCGUCAAAAAAUGUAGCACGAACAAAUACAAAUUGUAUAAAAAGUUCUAAUAAGGGAUUGUUGUUGCGAGAAGAGGUUUUCUAUAAAAUUGUUUGAAAAUAGUAAAAAUCGAAUCACGCUGAAAAAUUGGUUGUUUCGAUUAUAGCAAAAGACACAAGUAAUUUAUAUUCGAAAAUAAGAAUUCGACUAAAGUACUAAGGUAGCCAGAGGAAGAAAAGUUUGCAUACGAAACUACGAGGGGCAGCCUUAAAUUCGUUAAGCUUUUCGAGCUAAAGAAGAGAAUUUUUCGAAUAGUUAGCGACUCGUGUAAAAGAGGACGUAUCUUGAGGCUUCGAAGUGCGGACGAGAAAACCCGAAACUCUUUAAAAAUUCCCGUAAAAGCGGCAACGGUGAAACUUUCCGGUCGAUCGAAGUGGUGUUCCGAUCUAUCGAGUGAGAUCUUCGAGCUUCAGAAAGAGGAAAAUCAGAGGGUGUACGAAGGGAACGUGAUAUUCCAAAGUUGGUCCAUUAUCUGAAUAUCCAUCAGUUUAAAAGGAAGUCGAAGGAACGAGCUUUGGAAAGAAUCCGAUUCAGAAAGAAACUUGCGAGAUUUUCAUUUGUUAUCGAAGAUCUCUCUCAAUUUAAAAAUUCAAAGAUUCCGAGAACGAAAAUAAUGAGAGUAGGUUUAGAAGGAAAUUAAAAUGACAGGUUAAAAAGCGAAUUCUAAAUAUCGGAAAUUUGAAAGGAAGUGGCUAGAUUUUACAUUGUUUUCCAAUUUGUUGCGGGAUUCUUGGACUGAAAGGAAUUUGAAAGUGAAAGUGCCAUUAAUUUGAUAUUCGAUUUUCAUGAUUUAAAUAAUUGAGAAGAAAUAGAAAAGAAAGAGUCGUCUCGAGGGAAGGAAUCUCGAGAUUCUGCGACUUAUUACAAAAUUCUUGUGGCCAGGAAAUUUCCAAAUCAACAUUUAGAAGGAAAGAAUUCAAUUUUCCAGUCAGUCACGAGAUUUCUCGGUUGUUUCAAAACAAUCAAAUUCCGCGAUUCCGAGUCUGUGAAAACUUGAACAGCGUAUCACGCGAUCCGCGAAAAGACUGGACUCGUUAGGAGAACGAGAUCUCCUGGAUUUCAUCGCAAAAACGGUGCACGGAUUUAGGACACAGUCGGGGGAAGCUGAGAAAUUCUCGGUAGCGAAGCCACGAGGCCGUGAAAUCGUUCGGGAAGAAGCCCGAACGUGACUAAUUUGCCGGCGCUGUUGCCAAAAUACGUUGUGCGAGCGACGAGACACCGUAUCCGGAAAUCGUGGCGGAUCCAUCGUCUUCCGUCGUGGCAAGAAAGACGUUCGAAACUCUCGUGAAACACGGGUGAUAAAAACGACACGGGCGAGAACGUCGAUUGGUGAACAACGUCGAUUUUCCGGCGUCCGCGCGGCCGACGGUUGCACGAAAAUUGUUUCGCCGAAGUAGUUCACAAACUUACGAUAAGGCGUUGGAACUCGAGGCGGAAGUUUGAAAAAAAAGAGAAAAGAGAGACCUUAUUUUUAAUUCGAGGAAGUAGCUUCUGGAACUUGGGGAGCGUUACACCGAGGGCGACUUAAGGAGACUUCGAACGUGAAUAAUUAAUAUCUUUAAUUAAUAUUCUGUGAUUUAUGAGCGCGAAAACUGUCGGCGAAAGGCGCGUUCAAGCGAGGAAUCAAAGAAAUAUUAAGGAAUUACAGUGGAAUAACGAAGUGCGAAAGAGAAAUUAUGACUAGCGAAUUGAGAAAGUGAAGAAGAGAGGAAUUUGAUUAAAAUUCUACGGGCAGUGUUCCUCUUGUUGUAAGUCAAAGAAGUAUUAAAAGAUUAGCAAAUUAAUUCGAAAAAUUUAAUACGAAAACGAAAUAAUUUGUUUCUAUCAGAAUUCUACUGUAAGAAACUGCUCUUUCUUACAAGCUAAUUCUAACGACGUCGAAGGAGUUGUAAUUAAUUUCAAAAAUCUCGCGGAAACGAGGGAAUCUCGUUCUUAUCGAAAAUUUCCACGAAAUUCAGUUCUCCUCUAUUUAACAGGUCAAAGAAAUUUUUAUAUAGAUAAGAAGAAAUUUACUUGCGAAAGUAAAGAAAAUUUUAUCUUUAUCAAAAUUCAACGAAAGUCACGCAGUUUCUCUUCGCUCUUCUUCUAAAUCAUCUUUCUCGCGCGAAAAAGAAAAAGAGAUUACAAAAAGGAGCGCUGGAUUAAUUCCAGAGUAUUACAGCUGUAUCAAAUUUUGAUUACAAAACCAAAGAAGCUACGAUUACCAAAAAAACAAAAAAAAAAAAAAAGAAAAAAAAAUUCUACGAAUAUCAUACGGUUCCACUUCGCUGUAACGCGUCCGAAAGAAUCCUAAAAUCAUCGCAAAUUCGAUCUAAAAAGAAAAUUUAGAGGAAAUUGCAAAGCGACGAAAGAGCCUCUCGCGACUGCUCCACGUUCGUGAGUGAACCUUUGCACGCGAAGACGCCAAGAAACAGGAGGAACGGCUGCAGACGAAUCGCGUGGAGCAAAGGUCUGAGGAAACCGGGGUAGAGACGCGAUGGUGGAACGGGCAGAAGGAGAAUCGAACGAGCAACGUCAGCGUGCCGAUGCGAUUUACUCGAUGCAGUAGAAUCGUGACACGUCGAACUCGAGGAGUUUUCCCCGCAACGAGCGCGAGAUGAACGAGCGCCAUCGUGGACGAACGGUGAACCGGAAGUCCGCCGGAUAAAGUGAGAAAACUGGAAGAGGGGGAAGGGGGCGUCAAUCGACGUCGGAUAGCUUAAAUAAAAUCGAAGUGAAAUCUUGUUAAAGCCGCUCGGAGGCGCGGAGAAGUCGAUCGAAAGGAGAGGAUCCAGCUGGAAUUAGCGUCGGACGGGGGGUGUGACGAGCACUCGAGAGACCGGAAGUGUCGGUGAAAUAAUUGGGCCGGCGGUGUUCUCGAAGGGAGAACACGAAUAGAAUUUCAAUCGAACGGGAGGGGGAGAGAUCGAACUCUCUCUCUCUCUCUCUCUCUGCCCCUUUCUUCCUCCCCUGCGAGACUCUCCUCGGAAGAAUUUAUUUCGUAUAAUUUCAGGGAGUUUUCCGGGCGUCUCAGGGAGGGAGGGGAUUGAAUCGCGUAUAUUGGCGAUUCGUUCGUGCUGGAAAGUCGAGGAGCAACUUGACGCUCGGGCGGUUUCGACACGCGAUUCCGGUGAUCGGUGGGACUCGCAGCUUGUUCGACGCAGCUUCUCCGGUGCUCGCGUUAAACACGGAACACGAACAGGGUGGUUGCGCGCUCGUUGAUGAGAAGAACGAAGUGUUACGGGGUGGCUACGUAAAAUUGAACAGACGCGGAGCACUACCUAAAGACACGAGUAUCAAGUUUCACGCGACAUCGUAAGAACAUCCAUAGACACUCUGAAAUUCUCUUCUCUGCGUGGUGUGUACGUGUAUGUGUGUGUUUGUGUGCGUGAAUUUCUUUCCCGAACUUCAACGAAAGACUCUCGAGCGAAAUAAUCUCAGGCGAAUAACCAAAGGGUUGUGCAUUAAUUCCUGGGGAUUGAAAAGCCCCCUCUUGAAUAUAAAACAGAAAUAAAUGUCGUGUGUAAAAGACGCGAAUGUGAAAUGAUAAAUAUCGAAUCUUGAAAAAAAAAGAUUCCACGAAAUCGAUAGUACGAACUGAAGUACCAAAGGUUGUGUGGCGCGUUUACUCCUCGACAAGGAGAUCGUCAAUGAGAGUGACUUUGAAAAUAAAAUAGAACAGAACGUAACAAAAACAGGUGUCGCCCAAAGCCGCGAGAAGAGUCGAGUGACAAAUUUCGAACUUUCAUUUGAAAAUUCAACAGAGCCGAUAGACUCUUUGGAUUUCGGCGACCGGUGAGUUCUCCGCCGAAAAGUCAGAAGUAAGAGGAUAACGCAAGUAGUAGGUGCUUGCCGGAUGACUCGAAGACGCUCGGAUGGUCUCUGUGUUUAAAUAGGUACGUUUAUAGAGCGCGAGGGAAAAGAAGGGUGACUCAGCCGAGUCAGGUUCCAUUAGCGAAAAUUCCCCCCGGCUGAAAGAAGUAAUUAGAUCGAUCGAUCCGCGCUAAUCCGGCUGGCGGCGACCGGCUGAUCCGUUUAGCAAACUGCGAGCCGAAAUAGAGGGGAAGUUAGCCGGUCGACGAAUGGAACAAUACGGGAAAUCAAACGUUGAGGGAAAUUAGCCGCCUGGAGGAGCGCGACGACGGGCGAGGCUGAAGUAAAAAGGAUCGAGACACGGUCGAAGGAAGUUCCGUGGGAAGUGACGAGCUUCUGUUGCCAACGAUGGCGUUCGUCGACGGUGAAUAGUGACUCUCGAGGACGUUAACAGGUUUGAUUGUUCUUUCCCGCGAGCUGAGUCGGUUGGAAAUAUUGCAGAUUUAACGAGAGGAAUUUUCCUACGAGUAUUAUAAAUGUGUCGAUAUUUGACGAAAAAAAUAGGCGAGAGAAGGUUGGAAUGAUUGUUGGGCAUGAUUAAUAUGAACAGGGAUUGGUAAAGUGAUUAGUGAAGUAUUUAUUUGGAAGGUUUGACGGAUUAAAGGGACAAUCUCGAUGGGAUCUUCUACUUUUGACUGUGUUUUCACGAGACUAUGUCAGCGGUUGUUUACUACUGAGCGAACUUGAAGCGAGAUAAUUGAAAGAGAAGAGUUUGCGGAGGAGCAAGAGAAAGAGAAGACCGACCAAAUUAAAUCAAAACCAGAAAAUAAAAGGUUGCUGGAAAUAGAGAAGAGGAUUCGUCGUUUCCCCUGCGUCUUCGAUUCUCCCCGUGAACGUGAAUCCGAUAAUUAACAGCCGACUAAAAUUUAAAUACAAAGAACCGUAAAUCCUUUGAAACAUUCGAGGAAUCCGUCUCUAGCUUCCAAUUAAAAGUUAUAUCCGACCGAGGAAAUGAUAAAUCUUCCAGAACAUUUAGGAAACUCAAGCAAAUGAGAAAGACAAAGAAUCCCAUUGUUCCUUUAACUCGCAAGUACUCCGGGGCGUAUAAAGAUCUCAGUUAAUUAAAGAAAUCUCGACAACCUCGCAGAACGUUCAAAAUUUUCUGCAACAUUUAGAGGACAAAGAAUCGUCUACCAUCUGCUAUCGUUUGCAACAAUUUUUUAAAAUAUUGAUCAAUCAACAGCCUUCUGUAAACAGAAAAAAAAAAAGAAAAGGAACGCGAAGCAUUGAAAGAACUGUAAAAGAUACCUUAGUUUCCAAAAAUCCAUCAGUUCUCCAAAAUACUCAGAAUUCGAUACCGAAUUGAAACCAAGAGAGAAAGAAACUCUCCAAAAUAUUCAAAGAGCACGAAACUAAGAAAAAAAAAAAAGGAAACAAGAACGCAAAGAAUUUAUAGUAGCUCUCGCUUCAACUCUUCAAGCAAACAAACCCUCAAAGACGAUCGAAGAUCAACCCCGAAGCCCGGUCUCAAAAUUUUCGUGAAAGAGUCGAAGGAACGAGAAAAAGAAGAGAGAAAAAGAACACCGAGAAAGAGAGAGAGAGAGAGAGAGAGAGAAAGGAGGAAAAAGGAUCGAGCUGUUGGUCGAACGCGAAGGAUGAGAUCGCUUGGAAACGAGCGAUGAUCAGUCGUUGAUCGAUCGAUCGUCAGUCGCGUCGCGAUGGAGGUGAUCCAGCCGAUCGUGCGACCUUCUUUCACUAGAGUCGCUGGAGGGUGCGGAUUCGGUGGGUGUUUGUUCAGCCGGAAGUGGUCGUCGGUGGUUCGAGACGCGGCGCGACAGCUUGCCAACUAAAAUGCGAGAGCUGAACGCGACCGCAUGUGCUGCCCUGUACGAGCGCGUCGAGUGGUCCGGCCCGUGGAUCCUGGUUACCCUGAUCGUGCUCGCGAUCGUCAACGUGAUGGUGGUCCUGGGCAACGUGCUGGUGAUACUGGCUGUCUAUCACAGCAGCAAACUGCGAAACGUCACGAAUAUGUUCAUCGUCAGCCUCGCGGUGGCGGAUCUCAUGGUCGGCCUGGCUGUGCUUCCGUUCAGCGCUACGUGGGAGGUUUUCAAGGUCUGGAUAUUCGGUGACCUAUGGUGCUCCAUCUGGCUGGCGGUGGACGUAUGGAUGUGCACGGCGUCGAUAUUGAAUUUGUGUGCCAUCAGCCUGGAUAGAUACUUAGCGGUGACCAGGCCAGUCAGUUAUCCUCAGAUCAUGUCACCGAGGAGAGCAAGGCUGCUGGUGGCAACCGUGUGGAUCUUGAGCUUCGUCAUUUGUUUCCCACCCCUGGUCGGCUGGAAAGACAAACGGUCUCAUCCCACGUACAACAUGACGUCCGCACAGAACGGACCGUUCAACACCACCACCAUACUUAUCCCGGUGAAACCCUGUCCCUGGAUCUGCGAGCUGACCAACGACGCUGGCUACGUCGUCUACAGCGCGCUCGGUUCUUUCUAUAUACCGAUGCUGGUCAUGCUGUUUUUCUACUGGAGGAUCUACAAUGCAGCCGUCUCCACCACGAAAGCUAUUAAUCAAGGCUUCCGUACGACAAAGAGCUCGAAAAUGCUUGGAUCCAGAUUUGACGAACAAAGGUUGACCCUGAGGAUUCACCGUGGUCGAGGCAGCGUGCAUAAUGGAAGCAACAACGGGAGCCCGAGAAGUCCCGAGUCGAAUAGCCGGUGCUCGGUGAAAAGGGACAAGAUAAAAAUCUCGGUGUCGUAUCCGAGCACGGAGACAUUGAAUACAAAGUGUAACACCCUCGAGAGAACACCCUCGAGGUGUUCUCAGACCUCCGUGCACUAUAGCAACGGACAGACGCACAGUCAACUGUGUCCCACCCCGAGGAGUACGCAUCUCAAGGUGAGCGGUAUCAACAGGGUUGGCAGCACCAGGAGACCCAGCAGACGGAACAGCUGCGAGAGUCAAAUGAUGGGUGAUGAGAUGUCGUUACGAGAGCUCACCCAAGGUGCCGAAGAGAAGCCCAGGGUGAUGAAGAUGGGGAAGAGGAACAUUAAAGCUCAGGUAAAAAAAUUUCGAAUGGAGACGAAAGCAGCGAAGACACUGGGCAUCAUCGUUGGCGGAUUCAUUCUCUGCUGGUUUCCGUUCUUCACUAUGUAUCUGGUGCGCGCCUUCUGCCCCAAUUGUAUCCACCCCACGGUGUUUAGCGUGCUAUUUUGGCUGGGCUACUGCAACUCCGCAAUAAAUCCGUGCAUCUACGCGCUUUUUAGCAAAGACUUCCGGUUCGCGUUCAAGAGCAUCAUCUGCAAAUGCUUUUGCAAACGGCGAGCGAAUACCUUGAGACGCGGCAGCGACGGCAGCCAAUUAGCAAUGAGGAACGACCGGAGCCCCAGUUACUCGAUACAGGCGCCCCAGCAGGGUGUAUCCAUCGACGACUCGGACGCGGAUCCUAGCUCGGAGCCGACGGUUCACUCGCAAAGCGAGUCGAGAUGACUGUAGCGUGCCAGGUGUGGCGCUCAGCGCGUCACCUUUGACCCGAGGACCUCGAAAGUAAGGAUUCAGUCCUUCUAGAGUACCAGGACAUCGUCCUCGAGAGAUCAUCGAGACCGUGCCGCGGAAUUCGAGCACGUUCGAUUCGCGACAAACCGUGGAGCUUCUUCGAGUGUCUUACGCCAGCCAGAAUUCGACACGAAGAGACGAAGAGUUUCACAGGUGAUGAAAAAAAUUGACGCUCAAGCUAGAUCGUAGAUCGAGACUGAAGACGAGAGGAGAAAUGUCCCAGAGGAGAAGAGACGGACAAAAUAAUGUUCGAAAUAAUCGUGGAUUCGGUGUGAAACGAGGAGAGAUUCAAGUGAGUCGCGAGAGUCUUGCAUUCUUGGCUUCGAGAAAUAUGGUGAACUGUUGAACUGUUAUUCUUGUCGGAGCAAUCGAUGGAGGAGUUUACGGUGAACGCUCGUGAUGCAAGGAGGAUACUUCAAAUACGCAUGUAUUAUAUCUACGAUAAUAUCUGCAUACAUAUGUGUACCAUAAACGGAUGUUAAAGUCGCAGGUUUGAUUAUCUUUUCAGUAUCAACAGCGUCUGUCGAGACAUUUUCUGGCCUCUCAGCUAAUCGCCAUCGUGUUGCCGCCAUAUUGUUUCCGUAGAUUUUUUACCGUUCCUCGUUGGUUAUUUGUGAUAAUAGCGUUUAACGAUCGCCCUUUGCUGAACACGCGACGCUCGGUGUGUUGUACAGGUUGCUUCAAAAAUCAUCGAUCGUUAAAAGACGUCGUUCGUUGAAAUUGCGAGCCGAGAGGUGGUGGAGGAUUUCUUUUUUUUUUUUUUUUUUUUUUCUUGGAACAUCCUGUCGCAAGUGUAAUCGAGAUACGCACACUCACGCGCAUACAUACGUACAUACACACGCCGUGAAAACAAAACAAAAAGUAAGAACGUAAGUGUUGUUAUUACGAUGCCAUUUAAAACGAAACGAAUGAUAAAAACUCGUGUUGGGAUGUUUUGUACGGACAAAACUGUGUUCUCUUUCGAGUGUGUAACGAUCGUUUCGAGAGGUGGAGGAGAUAGAGCGACGUACGAAAUCGGCGAGGUUCAUUGUAUUAUGUGAUAUACCGUCUACGAUACGUAACGAAACGAAUGGAUGAAUAAAUAUGCGAAUAAAAUCCAUGAUCGUUGAUCCUU